UUUGUAGACCUACCAUCUUACAAGCUACACUACGGAUACAAUAAAUAAUGGCGUCUACAAUGUACGUGUUGAAUACACUGGUUCUGUUGCUGGCAGCGUUACACGUCUCUGAAGGUAUGGGAUGCAACGGAGUUGCAGCAGACUUCGUGUUUGUCAUGGAUGGGUCAGAUGGUGUUACCGACUUGGGAUUCGCAAAACAGAAGUUCUUUGUUUCUGGUCUAAUUGAAAACUUUGAAGUGAGCCCAAAUAGCAGCAACAUUGGAAUCCUAGCGUACGGCAGUCAAGUUGGAGGGGACACAUUAGGUCUUCAACCCUUCAAGGGUAAGACGCAAAUCAAAGAUCACGUCAUGAGCAUGGAAUAUCCCUAAAGGUGACACAAACAUCGCCGUAGGUAUCGAUGACGCCCGAGAGAUGCUGAAGCAGCAAGGCAGACCAACAGCUGCUAAAUACAUGGUUGUGUUCACCGAUAGAUUGUCUAGUUCACCGAUGCACACAUACACACAGGCGUUCCUCGCCAAAGCUGAUGGUAUCAAGAUAUUCGCGGUUGGGAUGGGUCCAGAGAGCUCUAACGAAGAAAUGAAGAUGCUGGCUUCAGGGCCUAACAGUGUUUUUACCAUACCAGACAUUGCAUCGCUGGACGCUUUGGGUCCAUACAUGUCAGAUCAACUAUGUAAAGGUUACAUGAACACAUAUGCAGAGAUGCAACAGCAUGGACCCGGCCACCUAACGGGACGUCGAGAAAACUCUACCUCCACCCAACCCAAAUAUAACAACAUGCAGCCAUAGUCGCCAUAUCACGUGAUUGAUGGCCGUCAUCAAAACAUGAACAUUAAUAUAAAUACAGAAAGAUACCGUCAUGUUAUGUAAACACAUAUGAAUUUGUAUUCGCAUAUUAUUUAAUAAAGAUGACCAGUUUGUUUUUACAUUGA